GAGGCCACUGAAAACACGAGUAGUGUACAUUCAUGCUACUUCCCGUUUGUAAACCAAGCUUUAAUCAUUUCAAAAUCGAUCCCAUUCAAUGGGUAUCAUUUAAAAAUGUUCCUACAAAUUCAACUUGGAUUAUAUAUUAUUGUUUCGUUUUAUUGUAAAGAGACAUCAGGCACGCCUACAAUCACCCAAAGUCCCGAUCCAGUCAUAGAAGGAGUGACUGUCGUGCUUCAAUAUGUUCAUCCACUAUGCCAGGCGCCAACCACUUGUACUUAUAGUUGGAGCGAUGGCAAGACCGGAAAAGCAAUAUCAGUUGCUGCGGAUAGAAAUAUAGGGUCGUUCUCAUGUACAGUGACGGUAAAUGGGACAACAACGAGUUCAACAACAAGAGAUAUAAACGUUUGGUAUGGACCAAACACGAAACCGACGGUUUCGAUGCCAGCUUUGGUUCAAACGGAGAAUAAAGCCCUUACUUCUGGUAUUAAUUGCACGGCACCUUCGUGCAAGCCAAAUUGCACCAUCAAAUGGACUAAAGGUAGCACGAUCAAGAACAGUCCAGUCCUUUUUGCCAAUGGAGCCCUUUUGAACCGCAGUGACGCAGGAACGUACACGUGCAAUGUAUCCAAUUCAGUUGGUUACAACGUAGCAUCCACCGUCGUUACUGUUUUGUAUGGUCCAGACAAGGUCACGAUUUCUAGCACCACUGAAUCAAUUAAAGUAAUCGAAGGUAAAGCAAAUCAACUGACUUGUUCUCGGGCUGCAUGCGUACAAAAUUGUACACUUACGUGGAAAAAGGGUGGCAAAGAAUUAAAAUCCAGUCAAUCCAGUACGUUGAAUCUAUUUGGCGCCUCAGAGAAGCUUUACAGAAACCACACUGGAAAUUAUGUUUGUGAAGGCACAAAUGCUCGCGCUGGAAUUCCUUCAGCAACGGACGCAAUUCAAGUACAAAUCCAAUUUGCACCUGAUGACGUUGCGUUGAGUUUCAACAAUAGCACAGGUGUGUUGAAAUGCUCAGCAACUGGAGUUCCGAACUUCACAUUCUACGCUAUCACCCAAACCGUUUCUAAUACCUUCGUUAGACAUUUGCCACUUAAUGUUUCGGACAAAACCGCAACUGUCUAUGUUGGAACUCUGGACUAUCAACGGACUGGCAAUUACAGUUGUACAGUUCAAAAUGGAAUUACCAGCUACAGUAAAAACAAGAUAAACCAGACAGCGGCUUUAGAUGUUUCCAUAAAAGAUAAACCCAUUUUUCCACAAUAUGAGAAAACGUACAACUUUUCAAAAGGUGAUCCCAUUCAUAUAAACCUUCCAGUAUAUUCCAUCCCGAUUUUCGACAAUUUCUCUGUAGAGCCGAACAAUCGAUUUGAUGCCACUAUUUCGAACAAAAUGGUUUACGGCAUCAUGUUCUUCGACAAAAGUAUCAGUAUAGCUGGACAAUCACUCAGAUUGGAAAUAAACGAGACGCUUGAAGAAUAUUUUGGCAGUUACACAGUAACUUUUAGAAACAGCGCAAACUUUUCUGAACUGACAUUCGAGCUUAGGCCUAAAGGUCCACCUGACGUUCCAUUGAAAUUCGAAGCAAUAUCGACAUCAUACGACACAGUCACGUUCAAGGUCCAAUCUGGAUUUUUCAACGGAGCAAGCCAAACCAUCUUUUUAGAGAAAAAGGAAACCAGUCAGACCGAGUGGGAAAUAUCUUUGGAAAAAGAUUUCGGAAUUGAAAAGAACCAAGAAUAUGACAUGCCUUCUGAAGGACUUUCACAGAACACUGAAUAUCAAUUCAGGGUUUAUUCUUCUAAUGCAUUCAACCGAAGUGAUUAUUCCGCAGUUGUAGAAAUAAAAACAUCCAUAAAUGCCGGGAUGGUUGCCGGUAUAGUUAUUGGAGGACUUGCUGCCAUCAUUAUCGCCAUCAUUAUCAUCGUUGUUGUUGUCAAAAAGAUGCGAAAAGAUGACAAGCCACCGCCCCCAAUUGUGCCUUUUACGGAUAUAUUCAGUGCAGAUAACUUAGAGAACUAUGAAAACACUGCUAUUAGAGGGACUCCCAAUGAAUACGCAGAUUCGCCCACAUUUACUUCAGGGAAAACUUACGAAAAUGUAGAAAACAUGGGAAAGCCAUUCGAGGGAGCACUUUCACAAGACAGUAAAGGUUACAUAACGCUAGAAAAUGCUGGGGUGCAACAAGCAGCACCUAACGACUAUUACAACACCUCAUUCGAUAAGGGUUUAUACGCUAACACUAACCUUGUGCAAGAUGUUGCAACCGCGGGCAACUUUACGCCAGCUGCUGAAAAGAAAAUGAAAGGUGAAGAGGGUUAUUUGACUGCUGAUAAACUAAAACAGGAUGCGGAGAUAAAGAAGGAGCCUGCAGCAUACAUGAACUUCAGUAGUCAGAUACAGGCACGACUAGCAAAAGAGAAAGAAGCGAGAGAAGCAGACAAGGACGAUUACAUGGAAAUGAAUUUGAAUUUGAAACCUCCAAAAAAAGCCAGAGAAAGUAUGCCUGGCUUUGUGGCGCCUCUGCCUCCGAACACUAACCACGAUCAAGAGGAAGACUAUAUGAAUUCGCCAUUUCCGAAAGUACGAAAGAGUUAGGCACGCCAUUUCCGCCAAUACGAAAGAGUUAGUCACUGAGAGGGCAAAGCGAGCAAACUGGAGAGAGCCGCAAAACAAGAAUGAUUGCAAACGAACAAAACGGGUUCAUGUGACAAUGGUUUUCAUAGACAGAAAAUAUGAAAGCAUAAAAACUUAUUUAUUUCGUCCGUUAAUUUGAAAGCUAACAAGACAUCGCCAGUGUAGUGAUGAACUUGAUUUCAUGAGUGCUCUUACGUAAAAUGCUGGGUUUAAUUUUAAAAUCCACUAUGCAGCGUACUACGAGAAGGUAUGUUAGAGCACUCUAAUGCAAGAUGUUCUGCUAAGUCUAGUUCGACUUCAAGAUCAGAGGGUUUAUGUGGUACUUCAAGGCAUUGUGUACAUAAAUAAUCACAUAAAUACGGUUUACUGAAACAAACAGUCUAAAAAAAGAUUCGAAUGUUCAUCGUAUGAAGAGUUUCAGGACUUGAAAGAGGUGUAUUUAUUAUUUGUUCGAUAUACAAUUUAAUGUGUUUUACAUUUUUUUUUUUAAUAGCGGGGUCUGUUUUAUUUAAGAAAAAUCUUCUAGGAUAUAUUUUAUAACAACGCAGUGCGUAUUAUUUCUCCCUAUCAAUGUAUUGCUAUAAUCCUUUGUGAAAAACGUAUGUUUAUAUGUGACAUUAGCUUCAUUGGGUUUUAUGUCAUCAGAAUCAACCUGUCAGUUUUAUUGCAAUAUAUGGACCUUUUACUCAAUCAUAAAACACGUUUAAAAACAGCAGCCAAUUGUAUGAAACUUGGAAAAAUUGUCCACACAUAAUCCUUUGGUUAGUUUGCACAUUUAAGUAUUUAGACAUAAAUACGAUAAUUAUUAAGCGCUCUCUGACGUCACUCUUUUCCCAUAAUUUUCUGAUAGGUGGCGCGGUGUUUUAGCACUGAAAUCAUUGUUAAGCGCAACUCCAGCCGAGCGGUCAUAGUUAAGAAAUUAAAUUUGAAAACCACUUUUGUACAAUCGGCAGUGCCGUAGCCAGACUUUUAAAAACACCGAGGCAAAACGAUCUAUGGGGGUCCGGGGGCAUGCCCCCCCCCCCGGAAUUAUUUUUUUGCAAGAAGCGAUUUUCUGCAUUCUGGAGUAUGUUUGUUCGAUGGUUUGUGUACAUUGAGGCAAAUGAAGUGAGUCGAAAAGAGUUAUUUUUAGAGCUAUAGAAAUUAUUAAAUGCUCAAAAAAACACCGAGGCAACUGCCUCGGUGUGCCUCAGUGUAGCUACGGCACUGAUCGGAUGCUGAAUUCAAGUGUUUACUUGUUGAUUGAAGCGUUUUAACGUUUUAUUUAUUUUACAUCGAUGAAUCUCUCACAUAUCUAUCAUUAUAAAUUGUCAAUGUAAUAAUACUCAUGUACAUGUUUACUUUUAUUUAAUGAAAUAAAAGACAUCCGCACGAUGUAAAAAAUGGUGUACAUUGUAUAAUCACCAAAUGAGUACUGGGCCCAUGAUUACGGAUGGUCUCAAGACCAAGUCUCUUUCAGAUGAGAGACAUAGUAUAAGCCAGAUGAGAGACAUAGUAUAAGCCAGGUAUAAGCCAGAUGAGAGACAUAGUAUAAGCCAGAUGAGAGACCUAGUAUAAGCCAGAUGAGAGACCUAGUAUAAGCCAGAUGAGAGACAUAGUAUAAGCCAGAAGAGAGACAUAGUAUAAGCCAGAUGAGAGACCUAGUAUAAGCCAGAUGAGAGACAUAGCAUAAGCCAGAUGAGAGACAUAGCAUAAGCCAGAUGAGAGACAUAGUAUAAGCCAGAUGAGAGACAUAGUAUAAGCCAGAUGAGAGACAUAGUAUAAGCCAGAUGAGAGACAUAGUAUAAGCCAGAUGAGAGACAUAGCAUAAGCCAGAUGAGAGACAUAGUAUAAGCCAGAUGAGAGACAUAUUAUAAGCCAGAUGAGAGACAUAGUAUAAGCCAGAUGAGAGACAUAGUAUAAGCCAGAUGAGAGACAUAGUAUAAGCCUCAAGGCUUUCUUCUCAAUAUUGUGUACACUAUUGUUUUGUGCAUAAUUUACAUGUUUUUCUGUUUCAAUG